GACAAAACUGACAGGAGUCGUCUCCUCAGAUGGACUCUCAGACCAAAACAGGAAAAGUUUACCUCCAACCGCACAAAGCUGGCAAAAAAUGGAAGCCGGUGUGGUUGUCUCUGUUUCCUCACAGCAGCAGUGGAGUGGGACGACUGGAGAUCCAGGACAUGGGAGGUGGCGCUGCAGGGGGCGAUCAUGGUCCUGGGGUCAGAAGACACCAUCACCAGCCUCUGGAGAGAAAGACGAAGGUGGUCCUACUGUCAGAGCUGAUCAGCGUCCUCAGACUUCCUCCCAACGCUGAGGCCUGUCCCAUGGACAACAUGUCUGCGUUCUGUGUGGAGACUCAAAGCAGGACGAUGGUGUUCGCUGCUCUCAAAGACGACUGCGUGGAGUGGGUGGAAAAACUGUGCCAGAGCACGUUUCAGAGAGGCAGCGUCUCAGGCUCUAACCAGCUUCAUAUGGAGGACAAUCAGAUCUAUGCAUCAGCAGAUGAAGUGUCAGAUUUCUGGGUGGUGGUUCAGAGGACUGACGCAGCGACUCGUUGCGGCCUGCAGGGGUCGUAUUUGCUACAGGUGGGGACAGAGGCACUGCAGCUGAGAGACACACAGAAGAAGACUAUCAUUAGAGAAUGGCCGUACGAACUACUGAGGCGAUACGGAAAAGAUAAGUCGGCCUUUACAUUCGAAGCAGGACGCCGCUGUGACUCCGGUCCUGGAACUUUCAGCUUUGAAACCCAGCAGGCUGAAAAAAUAUUCACGCUUAUUCAGCUCAACAUUAAACGGAUGACUUCACCUGUGACUUUAGGAAACCCGAACCAGGAGAGUGAGAAAGUGAUUGCCAACAUUCAGGCCCAUUCCCCUCUCCCAAAGAUACCUGAUCUGUCCACCAUUUUGGAGAAGAAACUGAAGACGCAGGAGAAGAAACCUUCAGAAGACAGUCCUCGUGGAGAUUUAGCUGGUUCAUCCGAAUGCGUUUCAGCUCAGCCAGCUCCGAUCACCCUUAUGCCUCUCCCGUUGAUCCCCACAGACGACAGCAGCUCCCAAGGCCCUCACGGUGGACAGUCAGAUGUUGUCUAUGCUGACCCUGCUGACUGCAUCCAAUCUGCAUCCAAACCUCCUCCAACCAUGGGCCUGUACAUAGAUCCUGCUUGUGUUCUCCCGCUCAAACCUCCCAGUUCAACAGAAUCCGUGAGUCCUCUUCCAAACUCAGCAGUUUUAAAACCGAGGUUUAACCCCGAACACACGGACCCAGUUUACUCAGAGGUGUACGACAAAAUCAGUCCGGUACAGAACAAACAAACUGUGAUUCAGGGUAAAGGAGAAACGAAGUGUUACGCACAUGAAGAACCAAUUUACACCGAGCCUGAGUCCAAACAGGAGGAGACUCCUGAAAAAGAGGACAAGCCAGACCCAUUCGCCCACCUGUACGCUCAAGUCAACAAAACAAAAGCCUCGUCUAGUCCUUCUUCUACGAACACCGUCCUGUCCAGCUCAGCGUCCUCUCUCUCUGUUGCUGCCAGUCUGAGCGCAUUAGGCACGGACUAUCCUCUGGAUGAUGUAAUCUAUGAAAACCUGGGUGUCAUUUAAAGGCAUGUUCAGUCAUAUAAACAAUAGCACUUCUUCUGCAUGUUCACCUGAGUAUACAGAUGCAUCUAAAAAACAGAAUACCAAGUAAAGGUUCACUUUUCUUUUUACUGUGAUUUACUUUAAAAAGUUCAACUUCUAUGUAUUCUAGAUUCAUCUCAUACAAAGUGAAAUAUUUAAUUUUUUUAAAAAGAUGAUGAUUACGGCCUACAGCUCAUGAAAAUCUAAAAAUCCACAAUCUCAAAAUAUUGGAAUAGGUUUAUGUUAGCUAAUGUUAGCAAAGAUGCUAACAAAAACAUGGGAACAAGCCAUGAUCGCUAAUGUUGCUAAUGUUAGCAAAGACGCUAACAACAACAUGAGAUCAAGCCAUGAUAGCUAAUGUUGCUAAUGUUAGCAAAGAUGCUAGCAAUGACAUGGGAUCAACCCAUGAUAGCUAAUGUUGCUAAUGUUAGCAAAGACGCUAGCCAUAACGCCAAGCUACACCGGCGCAGUCCAGCAGACCUGGAUUUGUCCCCAAAAUGACGACAUCUAAGCUAACUAAUUUGAUCGCUAAUCAAAUUCAAAUGGGGAAACGUACCUCUAAAAGCAGAGCUGCCUAAAGAAAGAAAGACAGUUGAGUUCUGUGGUGAUGGCACCGCGUACACUACCUGCCUCCAGCACUUAAUGUUUAGAUUCAUACAUACUCAUACAGACAUGUCAGUCUGCAGACCCACCCACGCUGACUCAAGUGACAUCACUUGAGGUAUUAAAAGACUUGAGCUGAAACGAGGACCCAAAAGGCUUUCUACUCCUAUAAAAGAGUUUCUUUCCUUAAAACCUGAAAACUGAGUUUCCUGUAAUAAAAAAAGAAAGAAAAAAUCAGAGCAAAUGAAAACAGACAUGAUGUGAAACAUUUAAUGUUAUUUUUUAAUAAUUGUGAAAUAAGAGACAGAGUUAGGUGCAUACAUUGAAUUUCCAGUAUUUCUAUUUUUGUAUUUUUUUAAAGCCCUUGAGCAGAAUAUAAAUAUAAAAAUGUUAUUUUCUGUUUUUCUCUUGAUGAUAAUUUAACAAAUAACAUGUAUGUAGGCAUUUUAUGAGAAUAUAUCUUGUUUUAUUUUCAUUUUUGCUGUCUAUAGUAAAAAAUAAAACUGAGUAUUGUCAGUUCUAUGGAGAGUAAAAGAAAGUGUUUAAUUCUUUCUCUUAAAAAAAUAAUUCCAUGAUAAACUCAUGAUAUAAUUACUGAGAAUAAUGGUCAACAAACAUGUUGGCCAUUAAAACAUUUCUGUUCCCUGCUGCUGCAGCUCCAGUAUUUUUCUUUUUAAAUGUAAGAGAGAUGACUCAGUAUUCUUUAA